ACAUUUUGAAUGCCGUCCUUCGCGCCUGCGCAUACCAGUUGAGAGACUGCGCUAACCGCCUAGCUUCUGAGUUCUGCUCUGCUCUUUUGCUGAAUUUUGUAAACAACCUCCGUGUUACACCAACAGUUCCUAAACAGCGGGGUUGUCGAGACCGAGGGGUAAAAGAAUAUGCCCAAAAAUAAAGGUAAGGGAGGAAAAAACAGGCGACGUGGAAAGAACGAGAAUGAGUCUGAAAAGAGAGAGCUGGUGUUCAAGGAGGAUGGACAGGAGUACGCUCAGGUGAUUAAGAUGUUGGGGAAUGGACGUCUGGAAGCCAUGUGCUUUGAUGGCACCAAGCGCCUUUGCCACAUCAGAGGAAAACUCCGGAAAAAGGUUUGGAUCAACACGUCAGACAUCAUCCUGGUUGGGUUGAGGGAUUACCAG